GUGUGUUGAAUGUGAGGGAAUUCUUAUUGUUAAUGUCCUGAAUCUGAACGCAGUUCUGUGAAGCAUGGCCCUACUGUUGCUGAAUUCUAUGUAGACAAAUAACUGGAGUUUGGCAGAGCCCCAUUGACUUCACUGCGAUCCUUGUGGAAUUGAGCAUCUGCCCAUUUGAGUCUAGAAGACUUUUUACCUCACUGGAGUAGAAACAUUACAGCUGGUGAAGUGAAGCUGUCUUCACUUUAAGUAUGGUAGCUGUUUUCCAUGGAAAAAAAAAAUACCUCAAAUGAUUGAACCAUAAACUGCAACAAAUCCAGAAAUACUUGCUAUUAACGUGAGUUCUGUUACUUCGAGUCAGGUUUUGGUUUAAAAAAAGCUGUUGACUUCUUGGAGUUUGUUAAUAAUGAUCUCAGAGUACUGUUUUUUCCAUUCUUACUACACUGUGAUCUGAAUAGUGUAAGAUUAGCUGCAGUGAUCAUGAUCUGAGAUGUUCCUAGCAAACUCUUGACAAGUCUCCAAAAUGUCUUAGACUCUAAAACUACUCUAACUAAAGGUUAUACUGACCUAUAAUACACUGCCUAUUCUCAUAGCCUUUAGUAUGAGCACAUAUUUUUUGACUUUCUGAAGCCUAAAUUUUUAUGGGUUUUUUUAUGCCUUGCUUUGUGGCAUUUUUUGGUUUUAUUGUUUGAACUUACUGUUAAACCACAAGUGUGUAUUGCCCUAUCCACUUAAAAUUUUCGGUAGGCAAAUUGCCUGAAACAAGAACCCUGAUUGUUAAAAAAAUUGCCCCUAAAUUGUUGCCUGUAGCUUAUGCAGGUUUGUAGUUCUAUGUUUCAUCCAAAAGACCUUAACACUGGUUCAGUACUGCCAGAGAGGGAAGAUUGUCGCCUAAUGAAUGAACAGCACUUCCUGGUGUUUUUCUUGUGAUGAGAUCACUGCCUGACGUGAUAUGGCAACAGGCAGAUGACUAGACUGGCCAAGGCAGACCUGUUACACUUGCCUGAGUUAGGCAUUGUUUGCCAUGCCACUAAACCUGCCGUCAAGUGAAACCUUCAUGGGGGAAAUGAGAUCGAAGUCUGGCCUGCUGAAGAUGGACGCCUUGUCUCUGUUUUUAUUUUAUUUUGCUUUCUUUCCUUUGUUUUUUUUUUUUUAUUUUGUUUUAUUUUACUUUUAUUUUAUUUUGUCCCUUUUUGUUUUGUUAAUUCUCUUUCCCUUGUACUUGUGAACUGGUACUUCAGUUCUGUAAAAAUGGUGUUUUGUAAAGGGUUCACAGUGUUUCAUUUUGAAGUUGGACCUGAAGCUGCUUAUGAAUGGUGGAUGGUAUCCGCAAAGUGCGAUUAGCUGAGUUUUGUGCUGCAAAUUACGGAUAAAUUCCAUUCGGAGUACGUUCAAACAUCUGAAUUCAGCAGAUGAGCACACUGGUACAUAAGACUGGAAUAGUGAAAAAUAUAUGAGUUUUAAGAUGCAUUCUUUCAUAUGCUAUGCUUUGUCUUUUCCAAGAGGAAAUCAUAGUUAAAACUCUUACUUUCUGGAGACAUUAACUUUACAGAAUAUAGUCAUAAUCUUUCUCUGCUAUUUGUCCCUCUUCUUAGCAGAGUAGUUUUAUUUAGAUUGCAUGGUCUGUUUAAAAGAAGGCUUUCCAUUUAUGUCUAAUAUAAAGACUUUGUAAUAGUUAUUUCUGAAAUUGAAAUUUCAUGGAUAUUGAAUGUUUUGAAAUACUUGCUUCUGAUGAAAUCUUGCUUCGGUGAGGUUAGUGGCAGUAAAAUGUCAUCCUUUUUUACAGUUUUAGCAAAACUAUUUACCACUCAUAAGUACGAAUGCAGCCUGAGGUUUUGAUCAGAAUAUGUUAUGUGAGGCACAUUGUCUUUUAACACUGUUAUUUGUGGGAAGAUUGAAUCAGUUCCGUAUGCGUGUGAAUGUGUGUGUGUAUUGCACUUAUACACACUUCAGUGGUUGUUAUCUGAAGAAACUGCAUUUCUUUUUUUAAAAGUCUUCUCAGCCAUUGCAUAAGCCCUGGCAGUUGAUGCUGGAGUGAUUGAGAAGGUUGUCAUCUCUAGGUGAUGUUCUUACUUCUCUCUUGUGAAACUGAACCCCUGAAGCAGUAACGAUGGGCCAGGUGGUGUGUCUCAUCCUCAAGCACUACUCUUCUCAGCUAAGUGCAUUAAUAGCGAUUGGUUUCACUUUGGUAAUGCACCAAGCUGUGAACUGGGAAGAGCUUUACUUCAUGAUCUCUCUCGGAUUUAUCUGUGGCAGUUGAGGUAAUUGCCAAUAGUUUUAAUCUCUUUAAUCACUGCUGCUAAAUCCAAUAAGAAUCAUGAACUGGAUCACACAGAAGUUAUUUUGAAGUGUGCAUUUGCCGCUGACUUAAUGUAGCAGGAAAAUAACAACUGUUUUAAAUUAUGUUUAAAGUAGAUGUGAGCAGAGGUAUUUUUAAAACAGACAUACUGCUGAGGCUGUUCUACAGGGAGGAUUAAGCAUGUACUUCAACAGGAAAUUAUUUUCUUCCACGCACAUGGAAGGGAAUAAAAGUGUUACGUGUGCUACCUGCUUAACAGAAACAUCUCUCUGGAGCAUUCAGUAAAAUGGUUUCUGCUGUGAACAGGUUGGCUAAGACUCAUAAGUCCUUCAAUGAUACGAAAAAGUAACAAUUGUAAGGUGUAUUCAGAACAAGACCGCUUUCCCUGAGGUACUUCUAGGCAGCACGCGGCUGAUCCACAUUUGCUUCCAGAUCCCUUUGCAAAGCAGAGAGGAAUUAAGUAAAUGGUCAUAGAAUCUAUAAUUUACUAAACAAUCAGAAGCAUCUAAGAAAUAUUUCUGCAGAUGUGAUAUAUAUAUAUGUGACAUAUUUAUCUGUUUCCAUUAUUAGAAAAGAAAUAUUUUAGCUCAUUUCCGUUUAGCUUGAGUUUCAAAGCGUGAGUUUUAAAACCAAAUCAGCUACUCUUGAAUAGUUUUUCAAGUGUCCUAAUUUGUUUUUUCAGAAGUCACUUGUUUUGUAUCUCUUUGGGCUCAUAUUCUCUUAUAAGUAAAUUUAUUGAGAAAAAGCUCCAAAAUGUAAAGGCUGUUUGUAACUUGACAGGUUAGUUGGCCUCACGUAUUGAUUUGUUGAAGAAGGUAGAUUUGCCCCUAGUUUAUUUUCUAUAAAAUUGUUUUAAAGUUUGAACUGAUCUUCAAAGCUGGAGGAAGAACCUGUGAAAAGGCAGUAUUUCUGGAAAAAAAGAAAAAGGCAGAUUUUCAUGGUUCUCUUUAUGGAGAUAGACCCUUUCACAUUCUUGAAUAAAAUGCACGAGCAGAUCUUUCUUUGUAGUGUGGAACUGACCAACUGGAUUUUCUAUUAAAACAAAACAUUACAUUGUUAGGCACCCUGAUUAUUCUGGAAAUAAUGCUGCUAGCUUCUUAUUUAGGCAUGUGUACUCUUCAUUCUUUGAACUGCUGUUAUAGGUGGCUUAACUGAAAGUGCUCACCUGAUUCCUUAAGCAGUGUUUGAGCAAAUGAAUAGUUCUUGUUAUUUCAGCAAGAUGGCCUGUAUGCUUAAAGUUUAGGGUCGCAUUUAAUUUUCUGAAUUUAACUCACUGUCUGUUAAUUAUGUGCCUAACUCAGUUCGAAUUUCAAACGACUAAAUGCCUUAAGCAUCUGAAAAAUAUAUCUGGUUAUGUGUGUAUUGAAUCAGCUGUAUGUAAGUGCAUACUUAAAUUAGGCAUAUGCUUAUGUAUGUUGCUGGCCAAGGAUAAAAAAGAGAAUGCAGACACACCAUUUUAGGAGCCGUUUUUGUCACUGAAUGAGCCAUGUCUGUUGAUUCUAUGGAAACCUGCAUGAGGACACAGUUAAUUGCAAGAAGCUGGCUGUUCAUGAAAACGUCAGGUAGUUAAUGGUCUAGUUCAUCAAUCAUCUGAAAGUACUUCAAUACUUUGAUUUUCAGAAGAACUGGUAUAUAAUUAUAUGCCUAAUUUGCAUGCACUGUUACUAGGACUGUAUAUUUGAAAGCCUGUUUAGUUAGCUAUGUAGUAGGCAGGAUAUGCAGUGGGAUACCCAGUUCUUGUGAGCAGUCAGGCAGACCAGGUGCACCUCUUCUUGCAUGCCUGACUUCAUAAUGAGUGCUGAACAUUGUGAUGACUCAGAUUCAUGCAUGUUUUUUAAAAAGCCCUGGAAGACAUUACUGCACAGUUAAUUCUUGAGUGCUAAUUAUUUUCCUAUUUUUCUCCUUUAGAUAGAAAAAUCAAGUGGUUUGUUACAUGUUAAGGAGCAAGGUGCCUCAAAACUAAACAUAAAUAAAAUAAUGUAAUUAGGAAGCAUGAGAGAAAAAUGGGUACUGUUACUUUAUCUUUUCUAUUCCAUAUAUGCUACAUAUUAAUUUAUUUUCAUUUAGAUUUAUUUUGUUCUUUGGUCACAUCCAGUUGUAACCCAGUCCUUGCUGCAGAUCUAUAGUGCUGGUUUGCAAUACUUUUUUUUGUCUUUAUUUUUUUUAAGUAGUAUGAUUCCAUUGGGUUUUAUUGAAACUCGUAUAGUUAAAACUACACAGUGUUUUGAAACUUACCAAGUAUUUUGCUUUUUUAUGAGAAUAUUAAUAUUCUAAUUUUCUAAUGUUGAAGUCGGAAAUUAACAGAUAAAACAUACACCGUUUUUUUCAAAGAAGAGUCUUGUAGAUGCUUUGACUAUUAAAAAAAUGUUUAAAGGAAGACUUUAUGAAAAUGCAUGUGGUAAUAACAGAGGGCUCAGUAGUUAGUGUAUAUGCAGUUAUCCCAGGAAUUUUGAAAAUGUGAUAAUCAAAACCUGGUAUAAGCAGAAGUUGCUGCUGUAGUUUUUCUUUUGAGUGUUUAGUGUUUGUACUAGUUUGGACCCCUUGGCAUUUCAAAUUUAAUAGACACAUUUAAUUGUUUAAUCUAUUACAUUACUAUUAAUCUAUUACAAGUUUUAAUUUUUGAAGAUUUUAUGGUGUUAAUUUAGCAGUUGUAUUACAACUAAACUUGAAUGAAACCUGUGUUUAGUACAGAUUACUUAUUAUUUAAACUGUUAGCAUGACAGGGAGAAUAUAAUCUGGUUGAAAUGGUACAAAAUACUUAGUUUAGGAAAAUAUGGCUUGCUUAGGUGAUCAGUUGUGAUUUUCUUCAGCCUCAUUAAAUUUACAGCUAAUUCAUGAAAGUUUCAGAUAAACUGAGAAGACUUAAAAUGUAAGACAAUGCAAAUCUAGGUUUUUCUUCCUUCCCAUACCCCCAAUUUCACUUGCAAUGUGUAUUGUUUUGAGUCACAGUAGCUUUUAUUUAAUUUUUAUUUUUACAUCAAAAGUAGGCAGCAUCAAAGUAGAGAAAAGAGCACAAAUUUCAGUUAGCUCAUACAUGUUUUUUCUUUUUUUUUUCUUUUACUGAUUUGGUUAUUUGCCAUUUCUGGGGAUUAAACUUUAAAAAAUGUUCUUCUUUUCUGUAUCUGAUGUUCUGUGUGCUAUUAGUGAUGCAGCCAACACGAACGGUUGUCAUGUGUAAAACAACUUUCGAUCACCGUGAAAGCACCGCCCUGGGAAAGCGUCCAUGCUUGAUAUCGUUUGGUUCAUGAACAUUAAGUUUCCAGUACAGGUGACCCAUAGCUCAAAGUGUUAAAUAAUUGUGUACAUAUUCAGUUUUUAUAAUAAUGAUCCAUUAAUGAGAUUGCUAGUCUUUGAAGUUUUUCUCACUUUUGUUUUUCCUAGUAGGGCAGGGUAAAAGGAAAAUCUUAAGUUCUUAUUUGUUUCUUUGUAAGGAUCUGGUAGAUAGAUUCAUUCUUAUUUGUUACCUUUUUAAAUGAAGGGUAAUUGUAAAAUAAUGGUAAGAGUAACAUUUGUGUAGUGUUCCAGCUCUGUGUAACGCUUUCACUUGCUUCUUCAGGUAAAAUCCCAGAUGAAGCCAAAGCCCUUUCUCUAUUGGCACCUGCUCCUACUAUGACAAGCCUGAUGCCUGGUGCAGGGUUGCUUCCAAUACCUACACCAACACCUUUAACAACACUUGGUGUUUCACUUGGCACUUUGGGAGCAAUACCAGCAGCAGCAUUGGACCCUAACAUUACAGCACUGGGAGAAAUACCCCAGCCACCCAUAAUGGGGAAUGUGGACCCAUCCAAAAUUGAUGAAAUCAGGAGAACAGUAUACGUUGGAAAUUUGAAUUCACAGACCACAACAGCUGAUCAGCUGCUUGAAUUCUUUAAGCAAGUUGGAGAAGUCAAAUUUGUGCGAAUGGCGGGUGAUGAGACUCAACCAACACGGUUUGCUUUUGUGGAAUUUGCAGACCAAAAUUCUGUACCUCGAGCUCUUGCCUUUAAUGGAGUUAUGUUUGGAGACAGGCCACUAAAAAUAAAUCACUCCAAUAAUGCAAUAGUGAAGCCUCCUGAAAUGACACCGCAAGCUGCUGCCAAGGAACUGGAAGAAGUGAUGAAGAGAGUAAGGGAAGCUCAGUCUUUCAUAUCUGCUGCUAUUGAGCCAGAGUCUGGAAAGAGCAGUGAAAGAAAAGGCGGUCGAUCUCGUUCCCAUUCUCGUUCAGAAUCCAGGUCUAGCUCAAAAUCGCGAUCUAGAAGGAAAAGAUCACAUUCAAAACACAGAAGUCGGUCUGGCAACAGAUCACUCUCAAGACACAAGGACAGACGCAGAUCCAGAAGUCCCAUGAAAAAACGGUCUAGAUCUAGGGAAAGACGGAAAUCAAGAAGUCGAUCUCGUUCUCGGGACAAGAAAAGAGACAAAGAAAAGGUCAAGGAAAAAGAAAAGACCAAAGAAAAGGAGAGAGACCGAGACAAGGAGAAGGAAAGAGAUCGGGAUAGAGACAAAGAAAGGGAAAGAGAGCGAGAUAAAGAGAGAAACAGGGAUAAAGACAGGGAGAAAGACAAAGAGCGAAACAAAGAUCGAGAGAAAGUCAAAGAUAAGGAUAGAGACAGGGACAAGGAAAGGGAAAAGGAGAAAGAUGAGAAGGAAAAAGACAGGGAAGAUGUAGAUCAGAACAAGGAAAAAGAUGAUGACAAAGAUGGGGAGAAGGAUAGAGAAAAGAUGAAGGAUAGGGAGGGAGAUAAGGACAAGGGAGGGGACAAAGAGAAAGACAGAGAAAAGGAGAAAGAUGGGGAUAAGGAAAGGGAGCGAGAAAAAGAGAGAGAUGAUAAAAAGAAGAAAGAUAAGAGAUCCAGAACUCCCCCAAGAAGCUAUAGCUCUUCACGAAGAUCGCGUAGCUCCAGCAGAGAAAGGCGCAAGAGGAAGAGUAGAAGUCUUUCUAAGUCUCCUAAAACGUCCAAAGCAACAAAAAGGAAGUCUUCACGAACUCCUUCUCCAAGGAGAAACAAGAAAGAAAAAAAAAGAGAAAGGGAUACAAAUAAUGAAGGAAGAGAAAGAGAACGCUCAACCUCCAAGAAAAAAAGUAGUAAAGAAAAAGAGGGAAGGGAGAAAUCUGACAAAAACACCACUGCUUUGAAGGACAAAGAUCACACUAAAGAGGAUCAGAAUUCAGAAACUGACAAGGAUGUAGACAACAGAGAUACGCAAAGGACAGAUGAAGUCAAACUUCAGCAGAAUGGAAACUGUCAACCAAACGAAGAUAACCUUUCAGUUAAAAUGGAAGAGGUUUAAAGCAAAGGAUCAACCUCUGACUCAACUAAGGAAUGAAAUCCAAAGCUUCUUAUUUCCCAGAAUGAGGAAGAAAAUGUCAAAGCAAUCAACCUGACCAUGAUGAUAGUACUAGUAGCUCUUCCAAUUCUUGUGAUAGCUUUGUUGUCUUCUUGCUGUAAAGCAGGAAAGCACGGACCAGUAGUUAUACCCUGAAAAGGCAUAUGCCAUCAGAACUGUUAAUCUCUGAAACUCCAUGCAUUUCCACGAUGGCUGUACUUGUUGGUAAAAUGAUUUAUGUUAAGUUUUGCCACAGGCUGUUAAAUAGGAACUGAAAGAAGUAAACCUGUACUACCCCUAAAGAACAAACAAACAAACAAACAAAAAAAAACAAAAAAAACCUGAAGAUAAACAUUGAACAUUGUUUUAAAUUGUUGCUUGUUGAUGAAUUUUGUGUUGUUUUACUUUGUGGGUUAAAAAGUCCACAGAAACUUCAAUGUGUACUUUUUUAUGUGCUUGGAAAUGGUGCAUAAAUGUACACGCUUCCUUUUGGUGUAAAUGACAACUGUAGGAAAAGUUUUUAUGGUUCUUUGAUAUAUGCCCAAUGGCUAGUACGUUCUUCAUUUGCUCAGUGCUUGAGAUUUGUGCGUUUUAUUAUUUAAAAUAAUUUCUUAUUAACACCCCUAAACUCAGUGUUUGCUUAAAGUAUUUGAACAAUGCAUGCUACUUUCCUGUUCCUAAAAGGAACAUUGCCAUGUAUGAUGAUAAUAGGUUAGCUUAUUGAGUUAUUUUCAGGUUGUUUUGUUCUGUUGUUUUCUUCUGUUCCAGAAUUGAGCACAUCUAUAUAUUAAGAUAACUUAAGAGCUUUGUUUUUUGACAUGUACUGCAGUGUGUCUGUUCGGCUGGAAAUAUGUUCAGGUGCCAUUAUGAAAAUAAUUUUUUUCUUACUUGUUAAAAAAAAUGAGAGCACAAGCAUAAGCUUUAGUGCCUUCUUAAAAUGUGGUAUUUUCUAGAAAUAUAUAUGUGCUAUUACUCAUUUUCAGCUGAAUCUUGCAUCAUCUCUAUUGCUGUUUUGCCACCACCAUACUCUAGACAAGAAUGCAAGUGAUUUUUCAGAAUGGAUGUUUAGUUCACUUAAGUACUACAGCUUCAUUUACACAUUUCUUUUUAAUUUUUAGAAAAGAUACAGUGAAAGCAAUGAUGCAUUUUGGGGACCACCACUGUACAAAUAUAGUAGCUGAAUACAAAGUAUUUUCUGAACACCUGCAUCAAAGGCAGCCCUUAAGAUAUUUAGUUACAUUUGGAUGGCCUUAACUGUUACCUCUCCAUCAUUUUCUCUGAUACCCAUCAGGUGUUACAAAAUGAAUUGUAUGCAGAGCUGGGGGUGGAAAAUACUUGGGGAAGAAAUGUUCUAAUUUACAUAGGAGUUAUAUGCUAGAGAAUCUUUUUUCAUUCUUUGGUGAGAAAGCAUGUAAGAAGCAAAUGACAAAGCAAGUAUUUUUUUCAAGUAAAACCAUAAUUUGUGCUCUCUGAACUAAUAUAACCAGUUUCAUUGUUGUGAGAUUUUGUAAGAGUCGUAUUUACAAACUUCCUUAUACGUAAAAUCAGGUAGAUUAUACACCUUAUUACAAUCAAAUAAAUUAAUUGCCUUACCUCAUGGAAGGAGUUUCUUUCAGUUAAAAAAGGCUUAGUAGAAUAUUAGCAGUUUGCUUUCAAUUUCCUUUUCUUUUGUGUAGUUAAUUCUUAUUAAAAUAAUUAAAAAAACAUAUUACAGGGAAUGAAAAAUUUGCCCAAUUCCUAAGGUAAUGAAACCUAGUUUGAUUGUGAAGCUGCUUAAUCACUCUUCAUUUUUGAUAGGAUUUAGUGUUCUUGCCACUGUGUACAUUUAAGACUAUAGAAAAUGCUUUACCAUGUAAAGUAUAGGCAGUCAUUUUUGUGAUGUUUAAGCCACAUGCUGUUGGUUGGUUAACAGCUUAUUCUGAUAAGAGAAUGACAAAUCUGUACACUUAAAGAAAGGUUGUGAAGGAUUGUGUCUUGCAACAACAGCUGUCUUAUUUAUGAUGUGUAAGUAGCAUAGAGCAAAGAGGUUGUUUGUAUACUUGUUAUCUUUGUUACCAUUUCAUUAAUAAAAUUAAGUAUUUUAGAGGGAAGUUUCUGCUGUUACAUACUUCUUAAAGAAACAUUUUUAGUUGGUCAUCAGAUCUUAUUCAGGCAGCUUCUUUUGAUUUAAAAUGUGGAUACAAGUUAAAAUAUACCUGUAUUAUUUAUAAUAUCUUUGAAAAGAUAAGUUACUCCUUCUCCAGGAAAAAUUAGAAUUUUUAUAGUAUAUCAUGUUUCAGCUGAUCCUAGUUUGAUUUUCUGAGUUCUGUUAUCCUGAAUUUGCGUAGUCCUAUUAUAUAUAGCAGUUACAGAAUAUGUAGAUGGUUGUGCAGUUAGUGAAGAAAAAUGCCUUUGAAAAUUUGUAGGUAAGGAUGGCAGCAUUACUAGCUAAUAUAUCAUAUAUAUAUGCAACAUAUUAAGUUAUAUUGUAUGUGAAUUAAUAGUCCCUUUAAAAAGUUUUGAGAAAGGGGAAAAAAAAAUACACCAAAUACACACAUUUUCUCCCCACCCCAAACUGUGUUUUCUUACAAACACUGUAUUUUCUGUUUUGCCUUGUAAUACUGUGUAGUUCUGUGAGGAUAGUUGUAUGUCUUUAUAUUAGGUGUUUAAUGGUUCCCUUCUUUGUAAAAACAAACAAAACAAAACAAAACAAAAAAACGCCACCAUUAGAUGAUUAAUGUUCUGUAGAACACCCAUCACCACAGAGGGCAGACCAUUUUUUAAAGCAGUACUGGAACACAGUAGCAAAAUUCCUGCUUGCUCUGCCAUGAUUGUGCAUUUGACCCAUUAAAUGCGUCUGUCUUCCACAGGAAGUUCAUGCCUUCAUCAUAAUGCAUUUGCAUGCUGAGCUGCUGUGUCAGGUAGUUUGCUUUUGCACUUUUAUGCAUUAAUAAAACUGAGUGAGGGUUUUGAGAACAGCAUAGUUUGUGAUAGCUGAAUUGUUUUAGAUGUAACUUCAUUUAACUUGGCCUUUGGGUUCUGCCUACCCAUUAGUCGCUUGCUAUUUUUAAUUUUUUUUUAUGUCCAUUUCAGAUAGGUAUAACUGAACUAGCUUUAGUUAACCAGCUGGCUAACAGCAGCAACCUUUAUGAAAUGAGUUGACCAUUUGAGUGGUUUACUCCUCUGCUACAGUAAAUUCUGCGGUCUGUAUCAUGCUCUGUGUUGCUUGCAAUUUGUUUGCGGGUGUUUUCCAGCUUAGUUAUGUGUAAGGCAAUAAAUUUAAUUUUGAAUUCUGCAGAUCUAUUUGUUAAUGGUAGCUUCUCUGUUUUACCUUCAGUUUGUAGUAGCAAUUACAUUUAGGAAUUUCUGUGAUACUCUUUUGGUUUAAGCAAGAGAUAAAAAGUAAAGGCUGCCUUGUAUGACACAAAUUCUUACAUGCUGCAUACAAGUCUCUGUUACUAUUUUCAGUUACUCUAUUUAAUUAACAUUUAUAACCACUGAAAGCAGUAGUGCCAUAGUGGUAUAUAUAUUCUUUAUUCUUAAAGCUGAAGCAUCCCUGUAUCACUUUCUUUUUGUAAAUUUGUAAUGAAACAUGCAUUUUAAUUUUGCAAGCCAUUCACUUCAAGGAAAAAAAAUAAAAGACAAAUUGUCUUGUGUUUCAGUGUGAAAAUGGAAUUCUAACAGUAAAACCAAUAAUUUCUAAGUACAUAAAUUCUGCACAGUGAAGUACUGCAAAUCGGGGCGUGUUAUGGAUCCAAUUUGACACCUGAUGAUACUUCAGGUUUUAUAUCAAUUAAUUAUUAUUUUUGGUGUUGUCAUAAUUUUAAAAGCAAGGUCUGGAUGUAGUGACACAAAUACUGAGAGCUGUAAGUGGCUAAAAUAAUGUAAAUCUGUAGAUGCUUAGUUCAGAGAGAUCUAGUUUUCUCACCAGUGGAUAGAGUGUGGAUAGAUGGAAUUCAUAGAUAUUCUUUGUGUUAUUACAACCUAAAAUUUGAUUUUGUUUGCUAAUGUCUAAACAGAAAAGUUCUCAGCCUGUAUGUGAAGUUUAUUUUUAUAUGGUGAAAUAUGUAAUUAAAGUAAUACUGAAAGCAUUGUAUAAAAGGGAUUUCUUUUGCCUAAUGUCAGAUAAAUUCAUCUGUGUUUAAUUUUAAACUCCUUGACAAUGUCUCUGUAUGUAGUAUUUAUUUUCAUUUAAAAUUCAAGAAUGCUUUGUGUAUAGGUAAGCCCCAUCAUGGGAUCUGAGCACAUUGGUAUGCAUUUUCCUCAGUAGUCACUAAAGUAUAAAACAGCUUAAGAAAGGUGUCUGAUAAUAUGUGCAGACAGCUCCUUUGGCCACUGUAUGAGAGCACUUCUCUUAAGGCUUCAGUUCUGUGCUGAGUAAAUAAAACCAUUGAGGAGCUAUCUAUGAAUUCCAGUUUUCAAGAUGUUGUCCAAAACCAGGAACUCUUACUAUCCAAGAGGGCUUAAGAAAAAUUUGUCAUGGCUGUUUUACAGUUUUUGAGAUUAAUACAGGAGGACAGUGAAGUAAAAAUGAGAUUUUAGCUGUUUAUUUUCUUCUGGAGAGGUGCAGUUUACACUUUAUUUGGUUUCACUGCAUUUUUUUUUUUUACUGUAAGAUAAACGAGUGCCAAAUUUGAUGCAAGACUUAAGAUUGGAGUACAAAAUAUGUUCUAACUGUGCGAAGGAGAUUUUUCUUCUCACAUAGAGGUUAUCUGUCUUUCUUGGUCAGAAAGACUUAUCAGCAAUGGAAAAAGUCAUUUAAUUUUACUGUCACUCAGUCCUUGAUGUCCUUAGCUGACAGUUAAGUAGCUCUUAUAAUGCAGAUAUUAGUGCGCUAGGUAACAAAUCUGUAACAAUUCCUAAAGGAUUCUUAAAGGAUGUUUUAAUCUAAUGACUAUAGUAGUAGUUUAGUUUUGAACUAUUGAGAACAUUGACACAUUGAUACAAUAAUAACUCAGAUCUGCUUUAUCAGAUCUGUUUUUAUUUACAGUAGAAUUAUGCAAAUGUACUUUCUGUCUUUGUGUUCAAUAGUUAAAUGUCAAAUACAUUUAGGGAGUGGUAAGGGGAUAAAGAUAUUGACAGGAAGCAAGCAGAUUUCUUAGAAGACUAAGUUGCUGUACUCAGUAAAAUCUUCUUUAGCACAAAGAUUUAAAACCGCUGCUACAGUGAUGGGUAAAUCAUGAUCUACUUAGAAGCUAGUACUUCAUAAAUACAUAAUUUUCAUAAUCAUUUGAUCAAAGGAAUGAAUGAUCUGCUCUAGGAACAUCAGGAGAGGAAUUUAACUUGCAUAGUUAAUGUAGCUUAUCCGUAGAUCGUUUCUGGUGUUUUUCUCAGUGAUACAGGAGCCAUGAUAAGUUUGUUUUACACAGCACGUAUCACAACCUGUGCUUUAAUGUGCCUGGGUACCCUGUGCACUACAGCAGCAAAAAUAUUACUGCCCCUCCUCUAAAUCUGAUGUUUUGUUAGUAAAGGAGGCCUUUUAAGUUUAAUAAAUGUAUAUCUAAGCUUGCUCCGUGUUAGUAGAAUAUAUUUUUGCAUUAUUGAAGCAACUAUGAAAUGGUACAAGUAAAGAAAUGUCAACUGCUGCUAUUACGUUGUUAUUUUUGUGAAUAAACAAUGUCCCAAAGUUU